UGCAUUGUUGGGAAGGGCUCCUCAGUAAACAUGUCACUGUUAGUCUACCAAUAAUACUAACUUCAUAAAUGGCGGUUGAACUGUAGUUAAUUGAUCCACUACUUCUCAGGCCUUUAACAGUGCCUAACAUAAGGAAUAACAAACAACACAAAUCCAUAAAGACUUCUAUUUUCUCUCAUCCACUGGACAAGUUAAUGACUCUGGAUCCAACGUAAGUGGAUCCAACGUAGAGGAAGAAUGGAAAAUGAUGUUGGAUCAUCAGAUCACUAUUAUGCCAACAACACCAGGCCUAUGCUAUUGAACAGAAAAGCAACAUUGGCUGGCUGGGUCUGACUGUCAUGGAAUUAUAUAGUCAUAAACCAGUAACUGUAGUUAAUAGUUUGUAAACUGAUAUAAUCUGCGAAUCAUGUCAACUAGAAUUGAAGGAUUAUGUGUGCUGUGUCUUGUCUGGCUGUGCGCGGCAGUAGCCCCGAGACUGCCGCGCAGCUCCCCCAGGGACUGCCACGCAGAAAUAUCAGCCCACAGAGAGAAACAGGAGAUUGUGACUUGAGUUUCGCCAUCAGCUGGAAGACUGUGUCCCUUCUUGGUCAGUGUCAGUGGAGGAAAGAGAGAGCGGAGGAGGGAUGAUGAGAGGCGAACCCUCAGUCUGCUGCUCUCUCUCCAUCAGCUGAGACUGACCAUCAGAUUCAGGCACCAUUAGCCCAAUAAAAAUAGAAAGCAAAUUAUUUAAAUGUAUGCUCACUAUAUGAUCUCACUAUUACCAUUGUGAUCAUAUAGUCUACCUCAAAUGUUGAAAGAUAAUUGAAAAAAAUGUCCCGAACAGCAAUUGGCAGGGCAAUUCAAGCAAAGCCAAUAUGCGGUGAUAAUAUAUUGGGCCUAUAGCUUACUUCACAAACCUCAUUGCUACAGUACUGUUUUUUGAUUGGUUAAUGUUGCAUAGGCUUACCUUUUUUAAGUCAUGUAUAAAACAAAAUCUCAGCAGUAGAUCUCGGCUUGCAUUUUGAUUUAAAGUGAUCUUGACUCAGAAAAGGUUGGUGACCACUGUUCUCAAGUUGUCCCUGUUAACACUAUCAACGUCUCCUUUUACUGUGGCAAUUGUGAUCGAAUCGAUGCCAUAUUAGCCACUUUCAACGCAACAUACCGAAACAAAACAAACUACGCAAGAGAUUUUGUUGUAGGCAGAACGCAUUUUGUGUAAAAUGAUGGGGUACACACACUACCCCACAAUGACAAAGUAAAAAUAGUUUUUAUUUUUAUUUUAGCAAAUGUAUUAAAAAUGAAAAAACUGAAACACCUUAUUUAUAUAAGUAUUCAGACCCUUUGCUAUGAGACUUGAAAUUGAGCUCAGCUGCAUCCCUUUUCCAUUGAUCAUCCUUGAGAUGUUUCUACAACUUGAUUGAAGUCCACCUGUGGUAAAUUCCAUUUAUUGGGCAUGAUUUGGAAAGGCAGACACAUUUCUAUAUAAUGUCCCAUAGUUAACAGUGCACGUCAGAGCAAAAACCCAGCCCUGAGGUCGAAGGAAUUGUCCGUAGAGGUCCAAGACAGGAUUGUGUCGAGGCGCAGAUCUGGGGAAGCGUCCCAAAGUUUACCAAAAGGCACAUUGGAGUUUACCAAAAGGCACAUUAAGACACUCAGACCAUGAGAAAUAAGAUUCUCUGGUUUGAUGAAACCAAGAUUGAACCCUUUGGCCUGAAUGCCAAGCGUCACGUCUGGAGGAAACCUCAACCAUCCCUAUGGUGAAGCAUGGUCGUGGCAGCAUCAUGCUGUGUGGAUGUUUUCAGCAGCAGGGACUGGGAGACUAGUCAGGAUCGAAGCAAAGAUGAACGGAGCAAAGUACAGAGGGGAAAAAAUGAUUGAAUCAAUUUUAGAAUAAGGUUGUAACGUAACAAAAUGUAGAAAAGGUCAAGGGGUCUGAACAUUUUCCGAAUGCAUUGUACAUUGAACUGGACUGUGUUUACAGCAUGAUCAGUCGUGAGUAGAUGCGCUUGUUUUGAGAUCAAAGUGAGAGCUGCAUAUAGCCGCGUGUGCACAUUUAGUUAAUAUCCUUUACUUGUUCCUAGGUUGUCAUUGAAAAUAAGAAUGUGUUCACAACUGACUUGCCUAGUUAAAUAAAGGUAAAAUAAUAAGUGAGUUAUUAGCCCAGUUAUAGAUCACUUGUAGUCAGCAAUAGGGGAGUGAUUGCUUUCAACAGGAGCACAAACGUGUAAAUUACUAGACAUCUUUGAAAAGCGAGUCAGAUAAAGAGCUUUUUUUGUUGUAUUUUGAGACAGACUUGAAUAAGCUAAGUAGCUAAUAGGCAGAGGGUACAGUAGUACGAUGUGUCUGAUCCUCUGUAAUAAUGUUAUGGGAAUAAUAAUUUGUUUUAUUUUGUAAUGUAGUUUAUUGCAUCAAACAACACAACAACAUUUUCAGUCACCUCUUUGUCUGACAGACAAGUGGAUAAACAGGUUAAUGUCAAGCCCUGUAUGUUUUUUAUUUUUUUCAAAAGUCUCAUGGAAUAUAAGAUAUUGAACACCACACAUUUGUUGCUACUGUAAACUGAAUGAUAAAACAGCUAUUUCCAUGUUAAAAUGUUAUGGGAUGCAUUUUCUCCAUUGUUUUUGAUGGUAAGCCACUUUGGUAGGCCUACAUUAUGAUCGAAUAGCCACAAUAGCCUACAAGGCCACUGUUAAAACUGUAACUUAAAGUGGGUACAUCCUCAGUGUUCACAGUAAACGCACGUAUAGAAUUUUCACGCCGUUCAAGUUUGCGCUCAGCAGACCUGAAAUGUGCUCGGUGCCGGAAAAAAACAGAGGGAACAUUGGUUACAGUUACUAAAUCUAUUAGUGAAAACACCCGUAGCUUGUAAAACGAACAUCCCCUCGGUGACAGUGCUGUGUACCAUGUGGCGGUGGCAAAGUAUUAUUUAUAGAGCAGCUGAAAUGUUUCUGCUGCUAUUUUUCGCACAGCAUACGACAGUUAUGCAGCAGCGGGAGCAGAGCGGCGCGUUACAUGCCAACUGGUUUUCUACGCAGCUUGGCUGGCUUGAACUAGAUGUGUUACAGUAAGAGAAUACUGUUUACAGUCACUCUAUUUCAGUCAGUCUAUCCCAGGCCGUCUAUCUCUAAUACGUGGAUACUGUGGAGUCCGUCGGUCUGCAUUGUAAACAAAGAGUGUCACAGAGCGUUGUUACUAAGUGUUUGGGACAGAAUGCAUCAAGACGCAGCAGGGUAGUGUACACUACAAGUAUAGACAGAAAGGUUUUCAAGAGUUAGGUCAAUAAUCAAGUGGACUUUGUCCCGGAUGAAGGGUCAUUAGCUGCACACAUACAUAUACUCUCUAAGAAGCAUGGGUACAGUGAGGGUUUUUGCCAGGAACUAGGGAGCAGGUUGGUUGUAAAGGUUUCAGGUUGAACUAUCGCAGAAAACCUUGUGGAAUUAUUGGCAUCUCUUUGCAACAGGGUUUCACCCUGCCAGAGCAACAAUGACGUCAAAUGUGAAACUGAGAAAAGUGGGUGUUCUAGACUAUGACACACAAAUCAAAGAGGUGCGUUGUCAGUUGUUGGACCAGUUGAAGGUGUUGGACCUGCAAUUGGAGCAGAAGUCUCAGCAGCUUCAGGACCUGACAGACUACCUGCGAAGACGCAGUGAGAUAGAAGGGGAGUAUGCACGCUCGCUUGACAAAUUGUCCGAGAGGUUCACCUCCAAAAUCAAAAGGAAGGAGCCCUGUAGUGGCCAGUCUGUGGCCCAGUGUUGGCUGGUGCUCUUGGCUCAGACCAGACAGGAGAGCAGAGACCACAGUGGUCUGAGUGAAAUCUGUAGGACCACCUUAACCGAGCCCCUUACUCACUGUCUGGACAUCACACAGCGCCUGGCCAAGAGGAGUAAAGAUGUCUGUACCCAGUUACAGGAUGGUCUACUGAAAGUCACCACAGAGCUACAGACAGCAUGGAGGACCUACUACCAGUACCAUUCAGAUUAUGUGUCUGCAGAGGGAAAGCUGAAGGAAGCAGAGAAACAGAAACAAGGCGCUUCUAAGAAGAUAGAGAAAAGACAGUGUAAAGUGCAGGAGAUUCAGCUGAAGUGCACCAAGGCUCGAAACGACUACCUCCUCAACCUAGCUGCAGCCAACGCUUCCAUGAACAAGUACUAUCUCCAGGACAUCUCCUCACUCAUAGAUUGUUCAGAUGUGGGCUACCACCUGUCUCUGUCCCGUGUGCUGUUGGCCUACCUGUCCAGCCGGUCCUGGGAUCAGCAGAACUUGAGUGUAGGGCUGCAGCAGCUCCAAAGUGCUGUGUCUGGACUGGACCAGAGUCAGGACAGAGACAACCUGCUCCAGACACACACCAACACCUUCUGUCUGCCCCUCCGCUUCCACUUCCAGCCACACGACGGAGACCAGGUGUUUGAGGUGAGUGCAGAGCAGGAGAUUAGGGGUGAGAUGGAGACCAGGUUCCAACAGCUACAAUCUAAACUCACCGGGUUCACCCAGGAAACGGAGGAGGCAGAUAAGACUCUACGGGCGGCCCGCGUUACCCUGCUGGAAGGUAUCAGUGAUGAUGACCUAGAUCCUCCACCCUCCAGCAGCCAGACCCAGGGCUCCCAGGUCCAUCUUCAGUCCCCGUCUCAGAGCCAAGGUCAGGGGGGAAGCAAUGAAAGCCUGGCCAGCAGCAGUGGCAGACCUAGUCUGGCCAGACGCAGAGCCAACCUGCAGGAGACUGAGAUCCUCUACUGUACUAAAGUGAAGGAGUAUCUCUGUAAAAGCGCUCUGGUAUCCAAACUACAGGCUAAACAUGAUCUGCUUAAAGUGGCUGUAGAGAAAGCUGAAGCAACCAAUGGUCAUCGAGCCAGGUCGAGUUACAUUCCUCUUGGGAACUCCAGGAAGUCUGUUCGUGCGAGGAUGGAGGGUCAACCUAUAAUCCAGUUCACCCACAAACUCUUCACUGGAGACAUGCUCUCGUUCAUAAAGGCAUCGGGCCAAGAGAUCCCAGUGGUUGUGGAAAGCUGCAUUCGCUUCAUCAACCUCAAUGGUCUCCACCAUGAGGGUAUCUUCAGAGUACCAGGGUCUCAGGCCGAGGUCAACAGUCUGAGAGAUGCGUUUGAGAGAGGAGAGGACCCCCUGGCAGACAGCAGGUGUGACAUGGACUUAGUUGCAGGAGUACUGAAGCUCUACUUCAGAACCCUGGAGAACCCUCUCUUUCCUCAGGACAGCACCAGUCAGCUCCUGGAGUACGCAGAGAUUGAUAACGAGACAGAGAGAGCAGCUCAACUCAAAUCGGUCAUCUCCUCCUAUCCUCCACCUGUCAUCAUCGUCAUGAGAUACCUCUUUGCAUUCCUCCAUCAUGUAUCCCAGUACAGCGAUGAGAACAUGAUGCAGCCCUAUAACUUAGCCGUGUGCUUCGGCCCUAGUCUGGUGCGAGGGUUGCAGGAUGAGGAUGUUGUUACUCUGCAGCCUCAGAUCAACUCUCUGGUGAAGGGCCUCAUUUUGCAGCACGAGAGCAUCUUCCCCAGCCCGACCGAGCUACAGGGACCGGUGUAUGAGAAAUGCAUGACGCUGGAGCAAGACGACUGUGAGGAGGGAGAAGGGGAUUCAGAAAUCCUCAGUAAAGAGUCCGAGUCAAAGGGAGAGCGAUCUCGAUCCAAUAGCAGCUGCAGUUCCAGACCAUCCCCAGCAGGAGGGAGUGUGUCCCUUAGAGAAAAGUUCACCAUACAGAUCCCCAUAGCAGGCCCCGCCUUACACGGCAGGCCCCGCUCCCCCCGCUACACACGCAAAGAAGCCCAAGACCUGUCAUCCAGUGAAGAUAUAACAGUUCAGGUUGACAAGGAGGUCUGCCGCCAGAUGAGCUCUGUCUUCAAGGAGCUUAUCGCUCGACAAUCAUUCCCUCCUCCAUCCUCCUCCAUCCCCCCGGUCACCUCGUCCCGCUCUUCCCAACCUCCUCCAGAGCAGAAGAGAGGAGGGGUCGGGCGCAGAAGGGAAAGACCUGUUUAGAUCUGACCAACUGGACUGGUAAAAAGAGAGAGGGGACCAUCCAUGGCUCGAUGGAUGAAUAAAUGAAUGAAAGGAAGGAGAGAGACGAAAGAGUCAAGAGACUUAGACAAGAUGACACAGUGUAGGUUGACAGGUUGUGACAGCAGCCUUUGACAGUGGGAUUACAGAUGGCUGGGUUACAGGAAACGCAGUCAGUUCACUGUACUGUAUGAGUCUGCUCAGACAGCAGCCUUCAUUGUGAAGCCUGUGAAUGGACAGUCACAGACAAAAGGGUUUGACUCCUACUGUGAAGCCUUUUGUUAGUGUGUUUGAUACAACACACCCCAAUGACCCCCACUCUGAUUUUCAGUGUAGGGCUGUGUCCCCCUUCUCCACACUUUUCCCAAAGUGUGCACUUGCACAGUCCCUGCCAUGGAUUUGAAAAGCAUUGGAUUGUAAGCUUUAAGGGGAUUCUUGCUAUUGCAAGUGGACAGACAGGUUUCGAUUCCCACUGUGAAGCCUUGUUUUUGGUUAGCCUGAUCCCAGAUCUGUAUGUGGGACCAGGCUGUGUUUGAUAGAACCCCAGUGACCCCAGUGACACACUCCAGUGACCCCAGUGACUUUCAAUGCUACACAGUCAAUGGCAGAUUUUGAGUUGGUAUAUCAUAACUUAUUUUACCCACAAUGACUUGGAAUGUACACUAUUAUCAGUGUUGUUUGUAUUCUAUGCUCUUGUGGUUAUGGGCCUAUGGAGGCCCUCUAUGCCCAAUGUGUGCAAUGCCAACACCAAGACAAGCGCUCACUAUCUGAUUUGGUCAGUUCACGGUUCAUGUUUGGGUAGGCCUAUAAUUCUGAACAUUCAACGGCCAUAUGGUCUUUAUCAUAGAGAUCCUAUAAGACAUAUGUUCUAUCAACUUUUAUCAGAUGACAUGUCCAUUUUUAACCUGUACCAGCAAGAUCUCCUGUCUGUGAUUGAGUCACUGAGCUACUGAUAACGAUGAACUUUUACAUGUUGUAUUGCUAUUUUUAUAUUGUUUUCUGGAUCUGAUGAUUGUUUGAAUAAAUGUUUAUGUUGAAUUGG